GUGACUGACCUGCCGCAAAGAAACUUUCUCUCUCUAUCUUCUCUCGCCGUCGUCUCGUGCCGAGGGAUUAUUUUCAGGCUGAUUAUGGAGGCGGGUUUUAACCUAGUUAGGGUUGAUCUCGUCGUCAUUCUUCUUUGUUUGAUUUUGAGCUCUUUCGUUCAACAUUCCGUAGCUUCAGAGUCAACCUCUGCUUUUGUUCAAAAUGCCAUCUAUUCCAACAAGAUCACAAUUUUCUCCAAAUCUUAUUGCCCGUAUUCACUGAGGGCAAAGAAUGUAUUCAAUAAGUUGCAAGAGAAAGCUUUUGUAGUGGAACUUGAUCUUCGAGAUGAUGGAUACAAAAUUCAAGAUGUUCUUCUGGAAAUGGUAGGCAGACGAACUGUUCCUCAGGUGUUUGUGAAUGGGAAGCAUAUUGGUGGAUCAGAUGAUCUCAAAGUUGCGGUUGAAAAUGGUGAGCUACAAAACCUUCUGGACAAAAAUAGCAGAUAAAAAAAGACUGGAAUAUAUAAGGAUUAUAAGGUUUGUUGAUGAUUUAGCCCUUCAUUUACUUGUAUUUGAUUGUGGUUAGUUGUCUAAUUUGUGUUAAUGGCUUCAUUUUAUAACAUUAUUUCGGUUAGAUUCU